AUGGCUCAACUGGUUCGGACAAUCUGGACAGAUGUCCUGGAAUCGGCCUCGUCUUACAAGAUUGAACUGGUCGGUACAUUCGGCAUCCAACUGGUUGCUUUCUGGCUUCCAUCCCUCUUAUUACUAGGCAUUGACCAAUUCCUACCCUCCUUCUCAUUGCGGCACAAAAUUCAAUCGCGACCGACACCAACUCAUGUCCAGAUCUGGCAUUGCAUUGAUGUGGUCAUUCUCAAUCAACUGUUGAUGGCUACAGCAAAGAUACUUGAGCUUGGAGUUCUACAUCUAGCAGGUCACUCUUCGUUCUACCGCUUCGACCACACCAUACCAAGUAUGUUAGAAGUAAUACGCGACCUCCUCAUCUGCAUUCUCGGCUGCGAAAUAAUCUUCUACUACUCCCAUCGCCUCUUACACCUCAGAUCCUUCUACCAACGCAUACACAACCAACACCACCAAUUCAAAGCCCCGAUCGCUCUUGCUGCCCAAUACGCACACCCUUUGGAGUAUCUUGUAUCCACCAUCUUUCCAUUCUGGCUGCCUCCACAGAUUCUUGGCUGUCAUAUUUUGACUUGCUUUUUGUUUUGGACUGCGGCUACUUUGGAGACGGUGAUUGCUCAUAGUGGAUAUGACUUUUUUACGGUUUUUGCGAGAAAGCAUGACUUGCAUCAUGAAAAGUCGAGGGUCAAUUUUGGCACUUUGGGGUUUCUGGAUUGGAUACACGGGACUGGCGCAUAA